UACAAUAGGGAAGUAGAUCUAAUAUCAACCUCGACUAUUAUGGUUUAAUAAUUAAUACUGCUUUGUUAUGUAGAUCUAUAAUUAUUAUAAUUAUUAUUGUGACUAGAUGUAUAAGUUAACUAUAAGUAUAUUAGAGAACAUUGACUUUAUAGAUAGGUAGUAUUUACCUUAUUUAAUCAGUGGUACUAAUCAUUGAUUUACGUGAAUAUCUAAUUCUGACUGAGUUUACAAUACGUGAGCAAAUAGGAUUACUCCUUAUUAUUUAUGAUUAGUACAACUCACUAAAUCAAGAGGAACGAUCUUCCUACUAUCCCUGAAGCAAGAAGCUGUUACAAAAGGCCAAGAAGAACUAUACCCAAACAGAGAGCACCACCACGUGGUCCCCUGGUUAAAUGCCCAAUAGAAGGCUGUGAGUAUGAGACCCCUGAUGUGGAACCAAUAAUUGCAGCUGCACUCAUCACAACCCACUCAACCAGCCACCGGGCACCUGAUAGACCAACACAGGCAGCAAGAGUCGAACAGGUGAAAAGGCCAUGUAUUUCAUCAGCUGGCACGACCGAGGACUGGCACUACUUCAAGUCGAGAUGGAAUGACUAUGCACGAGCGACUAGGUUGGAAGGCACUGACAAGGUCAUCCAACUACUGGAGUGUUGUGAUGACCAGCUUCGCAAGGACCUCACCAGAAAUGCAGGAGGCUCCCUCACCAGAAUGACAGAAGAUGAAGUAUUUGCAGCCAUGAAGAAGCUAGCAGUAAGAGAGGAGAACACUAUGAUAGCGAGGGUAACCCUCCAUAACAUGAGGCAAGAUCGAGACGAACCCAUACGGGCCUACGGGGCCAGAUUGAGAGGACAAGCCAGUAUUUGUAAGUUCACACACAAAUGUACUGGAUGUGACGCUGACGUAGAAGCUGUACUCAGAGACGUGCUCUGCAGAGGCCUAGAAGACACGGAUAUCCAAAUGGACUUGUUGGGAGACAGCAACCAAGAGAUGACGUCAGAGCAGAUCCUCAAAUUCAUCGAGGCAAAGGAAGCAGGCAAACGAUCGGCAUCCCGCCUGCUACUACCACAAGCCACUGAUGCAGUGGCGGGCAGUUCAUACAGAAAGCAGAAAAGACCGCCAAUCAAGGAACCACUGCCAAAACACCAGGAUACCUGCACAUACUGUGGGACCAAGGGGCACGGGAGAAACCCCCCAACAAGGAUCAGGCAAACCGAAUGCCCAGCCUAUGGCACCAAGUGCAACCACUGUGACAAAGAUCACCACUUCGAAAAGGUGUGUAGAGUCAAGAACGGCACAAAGACGACCGAACACGGAGAUGCAAUUUUCGAUACACUAUGUGGGCUGUCCUCAACGGACAACUCUAACUCUACGCCCCUGGACCACCACAUCUUCAAUCAGUUCACCAAGGGGUGGUUACGGAGACAAUCCAAGCCACAACCAUUUGUUAGGCUACAGAUGAGCGUUGAAAGAGAGGACUACAACCACUUUGGGUUCACCCUCAAAAAUCCAAGACAGCAAUCGUUUGUCAGCGCCCUGGCCGACACGGGCUGCCAAAGCUGCUUGGCAGGACUCAAAAUUGUGAAGAAACUGGGACUAUCCACAAAGGAUCUCAUUCCCGUCGCUCUCAAGAUGCAUGCAGCAGACAACCAUGAUAUACGCAUCCUCGGUGCCACCAUACUCAGACUAUCAGGGACUAUCAGGGACCAAUGACAAAGGAUCGACCAGGCAGAUGGUGUAUGUGACCAGCAACACAGACAAGCUAUUCCUCAGCAGGGAAGCUUGCACAGACCUAGGGAUAAUCUCCAACAAAUUCCCAGCCAUUGACAGCGUCGGACACCCCAA